AUGCUUUUACAAAAAGAAAUCUCAAACUCGAGAAUUUCUGCUACAUUUACUAUCAAAGUUAGAGACUUUUUUGAGUCAUAUCAAAGAGGCUGGGUUUGGAUGCAAUUAAGACUAUUAACUCUUACGUCAAGAAUACUUACCCGAAGAGGUAACCUAAAGUGCAUUUAA